UUGUAUUUACAUUACUUUCAAUCUAUAAUUUGUAGAAUAGAAGAGUUCUAAUUCUACUUCAUAUAUAUUCUCUAUAUAAUAAACAGGAUCACGUGUAUUUAGGCAUUGAAGCCUAAAACACUUUCAUAGUUCCUAGUUCCUACGUCCGUCCAAUAUAUAUAUUUUUAUUCCCUCUCGUGUGCCCAAUUAACGCAGAAGCACAAUCAUCCAUCCAUCUCACAAACGCCGUCUUUUCGAAAGCAUCAUGUCGUCGUCGUCGAAGAAGAUCACCCUGAAGAGCUCGGACGGCGAAGCCUUCGAGGUCGACGAGGCGGUGGCGCUCGAGUCGCCGACGAUCAAGGACGAUUGCGCCGAAAACGUAAUCCCCCUCCCGGACGUGACAAGCAAGAUCUUGGCCAAGGUCAUCGAGUACUGCAAGAAGCACGUCAAGGCUCAGGCGACGAACCCCGACAACCGCACCUCCGAUGACGAUCUCAAGGCCUGGGACGCCGAGCUCGUCCAGCUUGACACGGACACUCUAUUCUGUCUCAUUCAGAGCCUUGUGGAUCUGAUACGCCAAACUGUAGCAGACAUGACCAUGAUCAAGGAGAUGACACCGGCGGCAGAAUGUGAAGUUUUAAGUUGCAUAGUUUGUUUGGGUUUAUUAUAUGAGGCGUAGAUAGUUAUUCUAAUUUUAUCUUAAUUUCUCUGUUUCAAGCGUUCUCUUUCUCAAAAAAGUUUGAUAUUUGUGUCAUACACCUGAAUCCCUUCUUUGUUGUGAUUUCCUGGUUUUGGGUCAUACACCUGUGAGCUAGCUUGAUUCAAAGCUUUGUAACCAUCUGA